UGCGUACACUACGAACGCAACUGCAACAUGGUAGCACCUUGCUGUAAUAGCGUCUUUGGGUGCCGCAUCUGUCACGAUGAGCUCAGUCCAACGGGACAUCCGCCCAUGAACCGAUUUCUCGUGCAAGAAGUUGUCUGCAAAAAUUGUAGUACUCGUCAGCGCGCCUCCAAUCAAUGCACCAAUUGUCAGACAGUUUUUGGAGAAUACCAUUGUGGAAUUUGUAACCUGUGGAUGUCAAAGAAACCCUUUCAUUGUGUCCAGUGUGGAUUUUGCCGCGUCGGUGGUGUAGAGGCGUUCCGCCACUGCAACGAAUGCUGCAUGUGCAUUUCCGUCACAGUCUUUGACAACCACCAGUGCUUCAAGGACAAGUAUAAGAACAAUUGCCCCGUCUGCCACGAAGACAUGUUUAGUUCGCGGCAGUCCCCCCAAGACUUACCUUGCGGUCACGCUAUUCACGCCCACUGUUUUCGGAAACUGGCCGGCUUUGAUUACCGGUGUCCAAUUUGUAAAAAGACGGUCGUAUCGCAGCAAAGCAUGGCGGCGGCAUGGGAAGCGCGCGCACGGGAUAUUGCCGAGCAUCCAAUGCCGGCGGAUUUGCAACGUAUCGUGGAUAUUAUGUGCAAUGAUUGCGAAGCGAAAUCACAUCGUCAGCAGUGGCACUUUCUGGGUAUUCAGUGUCCGCGCUGCUCCUCGUUCAAUACG